AUGCAUUCUUUCGCUACUCUUCUUGCUAUUUCCGCCCUUGCUGGCACAUCGUUUGCAAAGCCUAUACCGGCGCCGGAGGUGGCCGCACGAAAAGGCUUUACCAUCAAUCAGAGCGUUCCCAAGCCGUUUCAAGCUGGUCCUGUGGUUUUGCAACGCGCCUACAGAAAAUACAAUCGCGCAGUGCCCACGGACGUCACCAAGGCCGCACAAGAUGGGUCCGUCAGUGCAACACCGGAACAAUUUGAUGCGGAAUAUCUAUCACCAGUGACUAUUGGUGGCCAGACUGUGAACCUCGAUUUCGAUACUGGCUCUGCAGACUUAUGGGUUUUCUCCUCAGAACUUCCUUCUGCUCAACGUCAAGGUCAUCAAUUCUAUGACCCUUCCAAGUCUGACACUGCCCAAGAGCUCGACGGUGCGACCUGGAAUAUCACCUAUGGGGAUGGAUCCGGUGCCAGUGGAAAUGUCUACCUCGAUACUGUGGACGUUGGCGGUGUCACCGUCACUAACCAGGCCGUUGAGGCCGCUUCUCAAAUCAGCGAGCAAUUUCAGCAAGACGAGAACAAUGAUGUCCAACCGGAGCAACAAACUACAUUCUUCGACACGGCGGUCAAGCAGGGAGCACUUUCUUCCAAUCUGUUCACAGUUGACCUGAAGAAGGGUGUUCCAGGAACCUACGACUUUGGAUUUAUCGAUGAUAGCAAACACACAGGCGACAUUACCUACACCCCAGUCAACCCGGCCAAUGGAUUCUGGGAGUUCACAGGUACUGGUUACGGCGUUGGAAAUGGUUCAUUCAAGAAAUCAAGCAUCGAUGCAAUCGCCGACACUGGAACCACACUGAUCUUGAUCGAAGAUGCGAUUGUUUCCGAGUAUUAUAGGUCAGUAUGGGGAGCAAAAUAUGACAACAGCCAGGGUGGCUUCGUCUUCCCCUGCUCAGCUAGCCUUCCAGACUUUUCCCUUGGUAUUGGCAGCUACCAUGCCGUUGUUCCAGGUUCUUUCAUCAACUUUGCUCCCACGGACAAUUCUGGCGCAACUUGCUUUGGCGGUAUCCAGAGCAACCAGGGUCUUGGUCUUUCCAUCUACGGUGAUAUCUUCCUCAAGGCUGUCUUUGCCGUCUUCGACAGUGACAACACCCAGUUCGGAGUUGCCCCCAAGACUUUGUAA